AUGGUUCGGUUUAGACUUGAGAAAUAUGCAAUCUCAACUGACAUAGAAAAGGCUUUUCUCAAUGUACGAUUACAUAAAGAUGACAGAGACGUAACCAGAUUCCUUUGGUUGAGCAACCCGGAUAAUGCUGACAGCCCGCUAACAACAUAUAGAUUUAAAUCAGUCCUAUUUGGUGCCACAUGCUCACCGUUUAUACUCAGCGCUACAUUACUCAAACAUCUAGACAUGAACGCUACCAGCUGGGUCAGUAAAAUCUUGAAGCGAGACCUAUACGUAGACAACAUAUUAUCAAGUUUUCGCACAGAAGAGGAAGUCUUAAGGUAUUUCCGAGAUACAAGAGACCUAAUGUUACAAGGAGGCUUUAACUUGAGGUCAUGGGCAUCUAAUAAUCGCCGACUGCAAGCAACCGCUACAGAAGAAGGUGUUCUUGACAACAAUAAGGUAACGAAAGUGUUAGGCAUGUUAUGGUAUACAGAAACAGACGAGAUAUCAUACCCAGAUAGAGACAUUCCUAUUUUCGAUAAUGUGACUAAACGAGCUAUUUUACAGUACACAUCGAGAGUAUAUGACCCACUUGGCUUACUUAGUCCGAUAUUGAUACGUGCAAAAAUUUUGUUACAAGAAUUGUGGAAAGAGAAGUUGUCAUGGGAUACAAUUUUACCUGAUAAUAUCCAGCAAAAAUGGCGCCAACUUGCACGUGAUAUCAACACUGUACAAAAUACAAGAUUCUCCAGACAUAUAUUUUGUUCAUCGGUAGCAGACGACAAAUGCUUAACAACAGAAGACACAGUACUACAUGUUUUUGUUGAUUCCAGUAUCCAAGCUUAUGGUGCAGUAGCAUACUUGUGCAGAAACCAUGAAUCAAAACUCAUUUUUGCAAAAUCGCGCGUUGCACCGUUGAAGAAACUCAGUUUACCCAAGUUGGAGCUUAUGGCUGCAGUAAUAGGCGCUCGUAUAGCAAAUCAUCUACAACAAGCUAUGGAAGUACAGGAAAUUAUAUUUUGGUCAGACAGCCAAAUCGUACUACAUUGGUUGAACACAACAAAAACCAUGAAGAGAUUCAUACAGAAAUAG